AGUUUAGAUUCGUGAGCAUGAGGUUAACAGUUACAAUUUGUUUUAUAUUAAAUUUACAUCUAAUAAGUCACAAAGUGUCCGCUGGUUAUAGUGACAUGGUACUUAAUGGUCCUUUACCUAAGCUAGAGGAUUAUAGUGACGGCGGUGACGGAGGGACAGACAAGGAGCAGAAAAGUGAUUACGGUGACGGUGAAAAUGGACAGCGAUCGGUUCAUGCGACCAACAGAAAUGGCGAUUUUAGAAGUUCACAUGAUGUCCAGGAAGAAGGAAAAACUUCGGUUCGACAAAGAAAAGCUAAAUCAGCUGGAGCUGAGGGACAAGUUGUUUUUGGCCGUAAAAGACAUGGACGAUUUGAAUACGAAGAUGGUGAAAGGUAUGAAGAGUCCGGUGAUUCGGGCGAUGGUCGUGAACGCAAUUGGUUUGUAGGUAAAGGUGAUGGUAAUGGUGAGGUUGAUGAAAGUGAACAACCCAAUCAACGGCAUCAUGGAACCAAUUAUGAGCACAGGAGACGUAAAAAUUAUUCACAGUUACAACGAAGUAAAAAAUUGACCGGAAACAAAGUUGACGUUGGAGAUUUAAGUCGAUUCAAAAAGAUUCACAAGAAACAUUUCGGUGGUGGUGGUGGUGAGGGUAACGAAGGAAAAUCGACUGGUAAUGGGAAACCGAAAUUCAAUCAAAACUACAAUAAUCAGAGAAGAGUAAAAAAAUUGAGAUUAGAAGAGGAAAGUGAAUCAAUAGAUGAGUAAAAAGAUUAGUUCAAGAAAUUGAAUGAAAUAGAAAUUGAAACAUAAAUUUAAUUUAACCUAAUCUUUUUUUCAUCUAAUUUUUAGUUGAAUUUUUAAAAUCAAUGUUUUAAAAUUAUCUUUGAAUUUAACAAACGGGUUUAUUCAUUAACUUAUUGAAUUGUAAAUUAUUGAAUUAAACAAAAAAGAUUAUUAGAAAUUGGAAAAAUUAAACACACAAACAAUUAAAUUUGUGUAAACAAAACCCAAAUCAAUUGAUUUCUCAACAAUUUAUCUUGUACAUUAGAUGAUAGAGAUGCAAUUUAAUCAGAUA